AUGGCGUUACGGAGACGGACCACCAAAAUGCCACCUAGGGUACCUAUAAAUCGGGGUCUCGUACCCUCAUCGAUCACCUCUCUCCCAGCCACAUACUCGCUCAACCAAUGGACGCCGCAGAUUGGACUUGCAAUGGCCAAGCCCUCACAAACCACAAUUCGAAGCAUCAAAUCUACCAAUACUCCUCGUCCUGAUCGUUUCGCACACCACCCCUCUCGAUCCGCAUUGAACAGUACCUCUUCGGCAGCUUUGGAAAGAAAGGCCCAUUCGACACCAACUCGAACAGGCCUUGUGGCGCAAAAGCGUGGUAUGACGGCUGUCUUUGAUCCCGACACUGGCAUGCGCUCCGGGUGUACGGUCCUGCAGAUCGACCGCAACGAGGUCGUUGCGCAUAAAACGCGAGAAAAAAACGGGUACUGGGCAGUACAGAUUGGUGCGGGUGAGAAGCAAGUGGACAAUGUGUCGAGACCGAUGUUGGGCCAUUUUGCGGCAGCUGGUGUUGCACCUAAACGCUGGGUCUUCGAGUUCAAAGUAAAGGGAAAGGAGGGACUAGGUGUUAAUGUUGGCGAGAGAUUGGGUGCUAGCUGGUUCCAGGUCGGGCAAUGGGUGGAUGUCAGGGGUGUGAGCCGUGGAAUGGGCUUCGAAGGUGGCAUGAAACGACACGGUUUCGGUGGUCAACCUGCCUCUCACGGUCAAUCGCUUAUGCAUCGUGGUAUGGGUUCUGCCGGAGGCUCACAGGGAUCCGGUUCCCGUGUUCUACCCGGAAAACGCAUGGCUGGAAACAUGGGCAACGAGCGCGUCACUGUUAAAAAUCUCAAAGUUUUACAAGUUGACGAGGCAAACGGAAUUGUGGUGGUAAAUGGCAGCGUGCCAGGCCCCAAGAAUCAGAUCCUUCAGAUCCAAGAUGCUAUUAGUAAACCCUGGCCUAAAGGGCCCAUGACAACGGCAGAGACUAUAUCAGCUUCCGAAGCACUAGCAUCAGCAGCAGUAGCUAAUACAGUAGCAGGAACUACUGCUACUACUGCUACUCUUUAA